AUGGCGGCGGGUGCGGCGGGAGUUGUUGCCAUGGCGGCCCGCGGAGGUGGCGGGGGGACGGCGGGGCGGCCCCGCCGAGGGGCUGGGGGGGACCCGGAGGGGGGUCGGGCCCCCCCGCCGACGGACGCUGUGUCCGGCCGCCGGGCGCAGGGGGCUGUGAGCAGGCCCCGCCAUGCCCCAGCCUCGGAGCACCGCCUGGGCCGCUCCCGGGACCCCGGCGCCGUGGUGACCGCGCAGCGGGCGGGCUCCCGCUUGCCCAGCGGGCACCGAGCGCUGAGCCAGGAGCGCCAUGCGGGCCCCAACGGGCUGUCCCCGGCCCCCAAACUGCGCCUGCUGCCCCCUCGACCCCCGCCGCCCCACGAAGACCCCCGCCCCAAGAAGCCGGAGCCGGAGAGGGGCCGGGCGGCCAAACGCGGGGACGCCGCUCUCCCCGCGGGCCGGGGAGCCGCCGGGGCCCGCUGAAAGCCGAUCACGGCGUGCGGGUGCCCGGGGGAGCCCCGCAGGUGCCCGGCAGCGCUUCCUUCUCGCUGCCCAGCGCGGCCGAGCGGCGCCGGAGCAACUUGGCCCGUUCCAAAUCCAUCAGCAUCGGGGACC